AUGGCGAAGGCAGCUAAGGAAAUUCAGAUGGAGAACCCAGGAGAGGUAGAGACUCACAGCACGGGGGCAACGUGCUCCCCGUCGGAGGACCAGGCAGAAAAACCCUCCAUGCUCUGUUUUAAGAAGCGUAAGAAGUCCUGUAAGAAGGGGCUGACCAUGAAGGAUGCGUGCGAAGGAGCCUCGGAGGAAAAAAGCCAAUGUGUCAGCGCUGACCAAGGGGAGGCGAAAGUUUCUAAUCCAUCGCGAUCCUCCAAAGGAGCCUGGGCAGCCAUCAAAAAUCUCGCAAGACCUCGGAGAAGGCAAAAAUCCUCCUCGCGGAAGAAAGUGCCCUCUGAUUCCCAAGUGCAGCUGGAGACGGAUGCUGAGGAGGGCUGCGCGCAAGGCUUCCCGAAGAAACGGGCGAGCUCUGGGGUGAAGAUGCCCUGCGUGCGGUUCUCCAGAGGCAAGAAAAAACCCAGCCCCUCCGAAGCAGCGGAGGAGUCGGAGGGCAGUGUUCAAGCAAAUGAAGUGAUGGGCAUUUCAAAUAAAGCUAGUGAAGAGCCGGAGGAUUUGGCCCCGAUAGACACGUCUGAAUCCUUCAGCCCGGUCCCUGCGGAGGAGGACCAGGAUACGGCGAAGGAAAGUGCCGACGCCGUUGGGAAGAGUGAGCCCUUGACAGAGCCCACGCCUGAUGCAGAUGACCAUAUGGAGUGCACCACUCAGUCGGAGAUAACCGAUUCGGAGACAGUUAAUGAAACAGCCCAGGAGGAAAAACUGCAGGAGGGCAACCCACCCCAAAGCACAGUCCACACGGAAGGCAGGGAAGUUGCUCCCGAAGUGCCCGUUUCCAAGGAUCAACCCGACAGUGUCCCUGAACCCACCGAGCUGCAGGAAAUCCCUAAUACCUGCACAGAGCUGCCUGAAGGGGGUGAAUCAGAAAAGAGCGUGAAUCUUCCUGAGGAGCGCAAAGGCGAAGAGACUGUAAUGGAUUUCAGUCAGUCGGCGUUUAAAGAUGACGCGGUGAGCGUGCAGGGCUGCUCCAGCCAUCAGGUGACAUUAGAAGCAAACGCAGGCACCGGCGUUGGCAUCGUCAUCACCGUCACCGAAGCCGAGGACUCGGACAACACCGACUCUGACCAGGCCUACGAGCCAUCCCCGGUUUUGCAGCGAAAUAAGCAAAAAGGGAAUAAAAAGUCAAGCGGGAGCUUUGAUUUUGGUCAAAAAGAGAGCCCCGAGGCUGGUGGCAGUCCCCAGGCAGAGGAGAAAGGGCCAGGCGACCAGGGGCACAGAACUGGGGAGCAGUACGAAUUGCUCCUCGUAGAAACCGCGUCUUCCCUCGUGAAGGCGGCCAUUCAGUCGUCCAUAGAGCAGCUGGUCAACGAAAUGGCUCUGGAACAGAAUAAACACAACAGUUUUCUUUGA